AUGAAGUCCCUCUCCAUCCUUGCCCUCACCGGCGCGAUAGCCGUGAUGGCCGCCCCCGUGCCUAUCGAGCGCCGCCAGGCCGACAAGAUCAAGGCGGCCCUCGCACCCGUCAUGUCAUCGCUCAAGGAUCUCGACACGGCCAUCAAAGGCCUGACGACAGACCCAAACACCGCCGCGCCCAUCCUGAGCACGUCACAGGCGGCGUCCAAGGCCCUCUCCGGCGCAGCCACCAAGAUCAACGCCGCCGACGACCUGGGGUUGUUCGGCUCCCUGGGCCUGCAGCAGACGGGAACCGACCUCGCCACGCAGGUGCAGACCACCAUCGGCGACCUCACGGCCAAGAAGCCCGUGCUCGACAUGCUCGGCGUGACCCCGAUCGCCCUGAUGACCCUGCAGCAGCAGAAGACCGACAGCGGCGGCCUCAGCGAGGCCCUGCUGAGCAAGGUGCCCGCCAUCGCGAGGCCCAUCGCCGGGCAGAGUACCGACAUGAUCAGCAAGGCACUGGAUGACGGCAUCGCGGCCCUUUCGGCCGGUGCCAAAACACCUGCGCCCGCGGCCGGAGCCGGAGCCGCAAAGCCUGCAGGAGGCGCCGCGCCCGCCGCCCCAGCGACUGGGGCCGGAGCAGCGAAGCCAGCAGGAGGAGCAGCGCCCGCCGCCCCCGCGACUGGAGCUGGAGCGACUGAAGGGGCCGGAGCUGCGAAGCCAGCCGGAGGAGCCGCCCCUGCCACCCCUGCGACUGGAGCUGGAGAGGCUACGGGGGCUGGGGCAGCGAAGCCAGCAGGAGAAGCGGCCCCUGCCACCCCUGCGACUGGAGCUGGGGCAGCGACUGCUACCGGUGCGGCGGAAGGGGCAGGCGGUGCAGGAGGAGCUAAGAACGGCGGUGAUGCUGACGAAGAAAAAUGA